AUGAGGGCUGACACGUGCAUCGGAGGGUGGGCACCGGAGGACUACCCAGACCCCAUCAGGCUGCCGGACUUGUGUGGGAGGGUCAACUGGACAGCCAGCUUCGUUUGCGACCCGGAUGGGAUACUCACAUCGUCAGAAGCUGACCUCCUGGAUGUAGAGCUGAUCACCACUGUAAGGGACACUCCCUGUCCCUGUGACUCCUGUCCUGGGAAGAACGACGGUUACAACAUCGCAGUGGCACUCAUGAAGAGGAUGGCAACAACUGGCUCUGGAGCUUCGUCGCCACAAGUGAGGGCUCAGGGCUUCGCCAUGUACCUGCGCGGGAUCGCAUGGGAUUAUGGGAGAUGUGACGAGGGCGUGGUCAUCCUGGUCUCUACGGAAGACAGACAGGUGAGGUGGACACGUGAUCCGGUUGCCAUGAUCUACACAGCAACAGGUGCUACCGCCAGGGAAAAACUCACCGACGAAAUCGUAGACAACAUUUACGUGGAAACCCGUGAGUACUUCACGGCUGGGAGGUGGGCGGAAGGACUGAAGGAGAUGGUCACAAGAUACAAGAAGGUUCUGACUGGUGGCAGCUCUUCGGUAACAGCUGUAGUCAUCGGUUGUAUGUUCAGCGUUGUGGGACUCUGUGCGGUCUGUGUGACUUGUUUCAUAUGUCGUACCGGGUGUAAGUGUAGAGGAGGAGGCCAGUCCAGUUUUCAUGACCACUAUAACCGCACAAGCUCAUGGGGUGGAGGUGGAGGCUGGGGCGAUAGUGGUGGUAGUAGUGGUGGGGAUGGGGGUGGUGGAGGAGGCUUCUAA